UGCCUGCCUGAGCAAAUACAGGCCUUCUAUAAUGAAUCACUCUUGAAACCUCGAACAAAGAACCCUUUAAUUUUGGACCAGCCUACGUUUCCCAGCGGUCUCUACAGUGGCAUGUCUGUGAUGUCACAAUGAGUAUAUAUUUCUACUGUGUAGCAUACCAAACUCUAUUGUUACGUUGUAACAGACCGGGGCAGGGGAGCGGGCGACAGAGGCUUCAACAAAAAAAUUGGCAGAUCUUGCACAGUUUCAAGGGAUAAUUUUAUCUGGACAGAAAUUUUAAAGUCUGUGCUCAUUCUGGGACGUAAAACUUCGCCGGAGAUUUAACACGCCCUCGGAGAGGAAAAGGGACACGAAACCUCGGUGGCUUGUUUUACAAAAGCAAUCAUUAAACGCCGGGCUGAGAAGACAAGGCUUUACACAUAAGCCAUUGUUAACACAAAAUAGAUUUUUAAAAAUUAAAUGAAGUCCUCCGCCCGCAUCGCCUGCCCUGUGUUCUCGUUUUGUGCAAUUGUGAACGACGAUACAUUUUCCUUGCACAAAUCCAAAAAUCAAGACUAAUUUCCUGUCUCUUCUGCUCAUAUGUAUUUUUGUGUGGACUAGUGCAAUGUAUAAAUUUCGCAACGGAUCAACGAGCACAACAUUGCAAUCCAUUUUCAACAGAUCAAGCUACGUUUCUUAAUCAUAGACAUCUAGCCUACAGCCUGCGAAGGUGGCAAACUGUGAAAUCAGAGAAUCGUGUGGAGUUUGAAAAGAAAAGAAAAAAACAUACUGCCAUAACCAAAGGAAAUUUUAUGUCGAUUGUUGCUGCUGAUACAACGGUGAACAGCGGAACCGUCGGCAAAGGCUAUUCCUGCGUAAGACGCUGAGUUUCCAUGGAGACAGUGGGGACACUGGGCCUGAAGCGAAAAUUCGACGAGGUGGACAGCGGCUCGCCCUUCUCCACGCCCAAGGACUCCGACGAUGACAUCUCCAGUAGCGACAGCGCAGACAGCUGCGAUAGUCUCAAUGCCCCCUCCAGCUCCCUCACGCGUAAGGCCAGCCCAGCGACCUCCAUCCUCAGGCGCCCGCGGCCGGCGCUGGGGCGGAAGCGCGUGCGUUUCGACUCGGUGACGGUGUACUACUUCUCCCGGCGCCAGGGCUUCACCAGCGUGCCCAGUCAGGGGGGCAGCUCUCUGGGCAUGGCGCGCCACCACUGCGACAUCCGCCACUACACGCUGGGCGAGUUUGCCCGCGAGCAGGAGAGCAGCCACAGGCUCAUCCUGCGCCAACACCUGCGCCAGGAGAAGCUCAACGCCCGCAAGAUGAAGCUGACCCGUAACGGGACGGUGGAGUGCGCCCAGGCCGAGCUCCUCACCCUGGACGACGUGUCGGACGAGGACCUGGACGUGGAGAGCGUGGAGGUGGACGACUGCUUCUUCCUGCAGCCGCUGCCCACCAAACGCCGCCGGGCGCUCCUACGCGCCUCGGGCAUCAACCGCAUCGACGCACGUGAGAAGGCCGAGCUGCGCACCAUCCGUCUCUCGCGCGAGGAGUGCGGCUGCGACUGUCGCUUCUACUGCGACCCACGCCACUGCGGCUGCAGCCAGGCGGGCAUCAAAUGCCAGGUGGACAGGAUGUCGUUCCCUUGUGGCUGCUCGCGGGAGGGUUGUGGCAACGGCGCCGGUCGGAUCGAGUUCAACCCCCUCCGCGUGCGCACGCACUACCUGCACACCAUCAUGAAGCUGGACCUGGAGAAGCGUGGGCUGCUGGGCGAGGUUCUGGAGGACGACCCCGAGGCGCCCACGCCGUCCCCGUCCAUGUCUCCGUCUCCCUCACUGUCCCCGGGCUCGGAGCUGGAGGCGGACGCGCGGGCGGUCCAGGCGCUGCUGGCCGAGCACGACAGCCUGGAGCGUGAGAACGAGACGGCCGUGCUGCACCUGCAGAGCGCCGAGGAGCGCGAGCGGAGGAGGCGCGAGCAGGAGCAGGAGGAGGUGGUGGCGCUGGAGAUGGAGGUGCAGCACGAGGAGGAGCCCACGCUCUGCCUCCUGGCGGGCCAGCUGGUGGAGGAGGCGCGCAGGGCGGAGGCCGUGGAGGGCAUGCUGAUCCAGGGGGCCUUCCCUGGGGGCACAGCGCUGCUCUGCAUCGCACAGGAGCCCGUGGGCCAGCAGGAGGCGCCGCUGCAGCCUGAGGAGCAAGAGGAGCAGCAGGAGGCAGCGCUGCAGCCUGUGGAGCAGCAGGAGGAGCAGGAGAAAGAGGCACAGCGAGAGCCACAGCCGCAGGAGGAGCAGGAGCGCUGCCUCCUGAAAGACCAGCCCGCCGCUCCACUGCUGUACUACCAGAUCGGCCAGAUGGAGGCCAGCGCCGUCCAGUCCCACGCCACAGCUGAGGAAGCGGAGCGGGAGUGCGCGGAGGGCAAGGAGGGCACUGGGCGUGGCCAGGGGGGAGGAGGAGGAGAGGAGGGAGACACGGAGAGUGGGGGCCACGAACUGGCCACCAGCAAGCAGAGCUCGGGUGAGAGCUCGCCCUUGUCCGCGGAGGAUCCACGCCCUGAGAGCAGAGGUGAGGAGGAAGAGGAGGAGGAGGAGGAGGAGGAGGAGCCCCCCAGUCCGCCUGAAGAGAGCCUCGAUCGGCCACCGUGCCAGCAGGUGUGCCUCCUGUCUGGGCCAGAUGCACUAGAGCUCCCCACCGAAGUCUAAGUCCAGCACCUCUGCAGAAGUUUUGCACAAGAUUUUGACUAGAUUGAAAUUGAAGGGUAGAAUCAACUCAGUCGAUGAGUAGAUUGUUUUAUUACUAAUGCUAUUAUUAUUAUUAUCAUCAUUAUUGUUAUUAUGGAUAAGCGUUGCGUAAUGUUGACAGGUAGAACGUGAAACGUAACUGUCACUGAUGAAUUUUGUAAUUGGAGUGAUUAGAAAUAUGGGCUUUAGGGGCCAGUCUGAAAUAUGAAAGCAACAUAUCUCGUAAAAAAAUCUGGCCUGGCCUUAGAAAAACAUACCAAGUAAUAAUGGAUCAAAAGAAUACUUUAAUAUGUCAGAGGGGGGAGGCAUGAUGCACUGUAGGGUUGGGAGAUAUACCAAACAUUUCCUCAUAUCACUGAUGAGAAGCUCUUACUGACCGCAGAAUGCAUUUCUGGAUAAACGUCAGCUCCGGUUUAUAAGUGUCGGUAGCGGCAAUUCUUCCGUGCCAUUUCAUUCUGCACUCUUAACAAAGUACGAGACACCAUCAGCACGAGUGAGUGUCACACCUUUCUCACCACUGUCUUACAUUCAGUGUGGUGGCCACCAUAUUUAUUAAUCAAUCAAAUCAUUGAUCCAUUACAGUUCAAAGAAAGGUGACAAAUAUUCUAAAAAAUAUAUAUCAUUGUUCCUGAAGUAGCCUAACUGUUGGAAAGUAUCUUGGUACUGACUUGAGGUCAUAUCUCCCAGCCCUAGUUUGACGAGGCGUGUGUAGGUCAUAGUUUCCUGUUUCACCCUGGCUUAGUGGACGCUGGAAAAUGUUGCCUACGCAUGUGGCUUCACCACCAGUGAAUUUAAUGUGCAGAGGCUCACUGUCUGUUGCUGAGUUGACCAGAGAUGGUACAGGGGAAUUGGCCGCCCAAGAAAACAAACAAACUAGUAAAUAAGGAUAGGAAAAAAUAAAUGUCUGGUCACCAGAGGCCACUGGCGUCACCCUACAGUGUGAAGCAGACCUAACUAAAAUCCUGGAGAUACUUGGUUACAAUGUACUGUAAAAGAGUUCAUCACGAACAGCGUGAGUGUGUGUGAGCGCGAGAAAGAGUGAGCACACUGCUUGAUACGCCUGUAUGCACGUAAUAAGCUUGAUUUGUAUUGUGAGUGGGGAAACUGGUCUGAAACCAGGCCAAAUGUUCUUUUAGUUCCUUCGGUUGCUUUUUAUCCUUUCUUGUCUAUGAACCACAGUGCCACUACAGCUAGCAAGAGCUCCUUAUCUAUUACACCCAACUGUAGCGGUAAACACAGGAGCUGUGAUGCAAUUUAUUGAUGACUGACCCCAAAUUGGUUUUAUUUGAGUAUAAUUUGGGAAAAGAGUAUGACUUCUGAAAUGUGAGGCUAUACUGGACAAAUGAUACCCACUCUAUGUUGUUAUUUGUCUAAAAGUCUGAUAUACGUUUUCGUUUGAUGAAAUUAUUGUUUUUUGGUUUUCUUUUUUUUUUUACUUAAUGGUGGGUGCACUUCACACAAAGUCUCCAUGUACAAUGCAUGCACCUUGACAACGGUAACUCUUAACCGUUAUUUGCACAAUGACACUGUUACGUUGCUGUUUUAAUCCCGCUAGACAGCAGUUAGCUAUUUGCCGUUUCAGUGUACAUGUUGCAGUAGGUGGCGAUGUAGUUUCCUUUUAAAAUAUAGACUUGAACGUCAGACUGUGCACGUCACAUUAAUCAAGUCACCAAGUGUUGUCGUAGCCAAUUCAGAUUAAAAUUGUAGAUUGAAUAGCAAUAUUCUCUUUUCAAACAAAGGGGACAAAAGCUGGAGUGUGUGAUGAUUCCAAUGACAUCAAUUCAUUUCCCCAGUCAUUUGCCUCAAAUUGUUUUAAUUUGCCCCCAUUGACCUGGCAUCACAGAAAAAUGUCCAUUUAGAUAUUACAAAUAUUAUGGCAAUGAUCUUAAAAAGCUUCAAGUCAAACUUAUUAUAUGUUAAUUAGAGUAAAAUAUUUAAAGGAAAAGUCUUUGGAGAUGUUUUGAAGUGGUAACAAAAAAAACUUUUUUGUGCUAAAUUAUGUGAAACCUGAAAAGACAAAAAAAAAACUGUUCUUAGUCUAUAUGUGACUGUGUGAAUGUGUGUGUGUGUAUGUGUGCGCACAUGUGUGUGUGUGUGUGUGUG